CCAUCCAUGGUGGAGCCUACAAGACUGCCAGAUUAAUGGUUUCGAUCACCAUGUUGUGACUUCUGCAAGCAACAAUUGAAGAACAAACAACGGCACGAGUAUUCUAGUCCAUAACAUGAGUGGAUUGACUUACAUGGGUUCAUGUAAACAGAACAGCUUAAAUGGAGGGAUUGCAUGAGAAUGGAGAUGCACUAACAGUAACAAAGUUCAUGCCUACCUUAGUCCGGCCCUCUGAGAAAACCGAUAAUGGGUUCUAUUUCCUCUCAAACCUCGAUCAGAACAUCGCUAUCAUCAUGCCAAUGGUACACUGCUUUAAGGCAGAUGAGAGAAAGAGUGACAAUGCCAGUGAAGUGCUCAAGCAAUCCUUAUCCAAGGUAUUGGCCCAUUUCUAUCCGUUCGCCAGUAGCCUUACAAUCGGUUCAGAUGGGAAACUGAUCGUGAAAUGCACCGGAGAAGGAGUGCAGUUCAUGGAAGCAGUUGCAAACCAUGAGAUUGAAGUGUUAGGCGACAUCACCAUCCCGAAACCUGUGACACUGGGGAAGCUAGUACAUACGUUUCCAGAAGCGAAGAAUGUCUUAGAAAUACCUCUGUUGACAGUGCAGGUGACUCGGUUUAAAUGCGGUGGGUUUGUUCUCGGAAUAGCCAUGAACCAUUGCAUGGCUGAUGGGAUAUCUGCAGUGGAGUUUCUAAACUCAUGGGCUGAAACUGCCAGAGGCUUACCGCUAACGGUUCCACCCUUCCUAGACAGAGCUAUAUUCAGAUCUAGACAACUGCCCAAAAUCGAAUUCCCCCACCACAAAUUCACAGAGAUCGAAGAUGUAUCGAACAUCACCACCCUCUACCAAGAGCAAGAAAUAGUGUGCCGAUCCUUCUGUUUUGACGAAAAGACACUCUCAUUGCUCAAGAAACUAGCGAUGAAGGAUGGGAUCAUAACAAAUUGCACAAACUUCACGCUGCUCAUGGCAUUGGUGUGGCGAGCCCGAAGCAAGGCGCUGAAAAUGGAACCCCACCAACAGACAAAACUCCUCUUUGCAAUCAACAGGCGGUCUAGAUUCGACCCGCCACUGUCAAAAGGGUAUUUUGGCAAUGCCGUUGUCCUCACUUGCUGUCUGUGUAGUGCAGGUGAAUUAGCAGAGAAGCCAUUGGCCUCCGCAGUUAAAAUGGUGCAAGAGGCAAUCGAAUUGGUGAGAGAAGACUAUAUCAGAUCGGCAAUUGACUACUUUGAGGUGACGAGAGCUAGGCCGUCAUUGACGGGUACUCUUUUGAUCACUACAUGGACCAGACUGUCUUUCAUCAGUGCUGAUUUCGGUUGGGGAAAGGCCAGGCAGUCAGGACCUGUGACUCUACCAGAAAAGGAGGUGGCCGCGUUCCUACCGCUUGGGAAAGACCAGAAGAGCAUAAAUCUAUUGUUGGGUCUUCCUGUUUCCGCCAUGGACAUCUUUCCAGAGCUAAUGAAGAUCUAGUUAUAAGUUCAGAGUAUGUAUGCAUGAUCGAUAAAACUAAUAUAAGUCGAUUAGUUGCCCACUGACCAUCUUUCAAGAGCUAUGCAAGUCUAUUUCUAAGUUCAGGGUGUGUGUGUAUGAUCAAUCAGCAACAUAAGGAGAUUGGUGGCCCACUGACCAUCUUUUAAAGUCGAGGUGAGUCUAGUUCUAAGUUCAUUUUG